AUGUUAUCAAGAGAUACAGAUGCAGAUGCAGAUUAUGAAUCAGAAGAUGACACAACUAGUGAGUCUUCAGAAGGUACUAGCCAGGAACCUAGCAACAUGGCCAAACCAGUUCACUGGAAGGUAAACAAGAAGUAUUCAGGUAAGAAAAAACUCAGAAAUACGGAUGAGUGGGCAAGAAACAGAGUAAAGAGAGCAAGGAAUGAAGGGAAAAGUUAUGUUGAUCGAAAAGGAAAUGUGCAUGGUCAUAAAACGGUAAAGGAGUACAACCAUACUUGCAGGUAUGAUUGCAACAAUAAUAUUAAUGAAAAUAAGCGCAAUACAAUAUUCCAAGAUUUUUGA